AUGGCCAGCUCUCGCCUCCUUGGCCCGCCGCUGCGGCUGCCAUCGUCGGGCUUCUCGCGGCCGGUCGCCGCCCUCAAUUGCCGCGCCGCGGCGUUGCCCCUGCACCUGCCCCGGACCGCCGUCCGGUACAGGUCCGGCCCGUACGGCUACACCCAGGCCAAGGCCCUCGUCUACUCCAAGAACGGCGAGCCUGCCGACGUCCUCAAGCUUCACACGCACUCCAUCUCCCCUUCCAUCCCCUCGACGUCGGUCCUCGUCCGCUGCCUCGCCGCCCCCAUCAACCCGGCCGAUGUAAACACCAUCCAGGGGACGUAUGGCUCCAAGCAGCCCCUCACGUCGCUCAUCGGCACCUCGGAGCCAUCGGCCGUGCCCGGCAAUGAGGGCGUCUUCGAGGUCCUCUCCGCCGGCAGCCCCUCGUCGGAGCUCAAGAAGGGCGACUGGGUCAUCCCCGCCGCCUCCCAGAUCGGCACCUGGAGGACGCACGCCGUCUUCGGGGCCGAUGAGCUGCUCAAGGUCGACAAGGAGGGCCUGACGCCAACCCAGGUCUCCCUCGUCAGCGUGAACCCCUGCACCGCGUACCGCAUCCUGCGGUCCUACGGACCCAGCGCCGGCGUCAAGGCCGCGCUCGGCAUGCGCCCGCUCGAGGUCGGCUCCGGCCAGUGGUUCAUCCAGAACGGCGCCAACUCGGGUGUCGGGCGGGCCGCCAUACAGUUCGGCAAGCUGUGGGGUCUACGGAGCAUCAACGUCAUCCGCGACCGCGAUACGGUCGAGGCCACGGACGCCUUGAAGCAGGAGCUGCGAGACCUCGGCGCCGACGUGGUGGUGGCCGAGUCCGAGUUCCUGUCCCGCGGGUGGAAGGACCAGCUCGCCGAGAUUACGCGCAAGGGCCGCGAGCAGGUCGGCCUCGGCCUCAACUGCGUCGGCGGCAAGUCGGCCACGGCCCUCGCCCGCUCGCUCGGCGAGGGCGCCACGCUCGUCUCGUACGGCGGCAUGGCCAAGCAGCCCGUCGCGCUCCCCGUCGGCCUGCUCAUCUUCAAGGACAUUCGCUUCGUCGGCUUCUGGCUCUCCAAGUGGAACCAGCAGGAUGUGGUCGGGCGGCGGCACAUGGUGGCCGACAUCCUGGGCCUCAUGCGCGAUGGCAAGUUCCGCGACGCGCCCGUCGACGAGGUCAAGUGGGAUUGGGAUACGGACGAGGCCACUCUGCGGGGCGCGGCGCAGCGUGGCCUCGAAGGCUUCAGGCAAGGCAAGGGGGUAUACGUCUUUGGUGAUACCUGA